AUGCAGCGUCGACAUGCCAUAAUAGCUGCAGCUUCAUACUAUAUCCAGCUCAUGACUGUUGCUAUCCUCCUGUAUGCAUCUCCAUCCUAUUGGACUCAGCUCUAUCAUACAUCAGCACUUUCUGGUGCUGCAUGGGUUAAUGAGCUUGUUCAUGGGCAUCCAGAGAGAAUCAGGAUGGAGUUGGGAAUGCAUUUACAUGUAUUCAUAUAA